AUGAACAACUCCGAUGACUUCAAGCCUGCGUCUAUUGAUACAUCCUGUGAAGGAGAUCUUGAAGUUGGCAAAGGCGAACAGGUGACAAUAACGCUGCCAAACAUUGAGGGUUCUACCCCACCGGUAACUGUUUUCAAGGGUUCAAAGAAGCCUUAUUUAAAAGAAUGUAUCUUAAUUAUCAACCACGACACUGGAGAAUGUCGCCUAGAGAAACUUAGCAGCAACAUCACUGUGAAGAAAACCAGAGCUGAAGGAAGCAGUAAAGUUCAAUCUCGUAUUGAGCAGCAACAGCAGCAAAUGCGAAAUGCCAAUAAGACUCCAAACGUUAAAAAUUCUCCACCCAAAGAAAAGAUGUCUCCAUCUUCUCCUAUGGAUGAUAUUGAGAGAGAGCUAAAGGCCGAAGCCAGUAUCAUGGACCAAAUGAGUAGUUCUGAUGACAGUUCGUCUGACUCCAAAAGUUCGUCAUCCUCUUCGUCCAGCAGUGAAAACAGUUCUAGCGAUUCAGAAGAUGAGGGGAUUAAGCCCUCUCGCCCAAUGUCCAUGCCAUACUUGCAAUCACAACCUGCCGUGUCUGCCACAUCACAACAUGCCAUGAUUGACGUUGAAGCCAGUCGUAACAGAUCUCGGGAGAGCAGUGGCCAUAUGAUGAAUACACUAAGAAAUGACUUGCAGCUGAGUGAAUCUGGAAGCGAUAGUGAUGACUGAUCAAGUCCUUUGGCCUUAAAGUCAAGAUGCAUCACCUUUCUUUAUUGAAGAUGUCUUAGCAUCUGUUUUGCACUAAGAUUAGAGUACGCAAGACUGAAAUGAAUGUUCUCAACUUUUGAUAAAGAGACAUCUUAAUUUUCUACUGACACAUCAUAUCUGAUACAGCAGCAUUGAUAUUGGGCCAGUGCUAUGGUUACUUGUUUCUCUUCCAAAUUACUGUAUUUACAGUAUAAAUUCUUCUGAUCUGAUUUUUUUUUUUUUUUUUUUUUUUGCCUCAACCUGUUGUACUUGAAAUUAUUUGUAACAGCUAGUGACUUUAUAUAAUAAACAAGUUAUGGGAAUGGAGGAAUCUCUAAUAUUUAUGGAGGCAAGUUUCCCUCUUGUCCUCAGAAUUUAAUGCUGAUCUCAUAACUUUUCUUUGGGUUGGGGGAGGGGCGAGCAGCUAAAGCAGAUCUGCUGGUUAAGCUAUACUUUUUGUUCUGUUCACGGCUCAUAAGGUUUAAGAAAACUGCUGAAUAAUGUGGUCCACAAGUGCAGUUACAGUCCACAACACAGUUGUUAAAUACCACAUUGCUGAAUUCUUAAUUUCAUUGUAUUAUAGGACUUUAUAUUUCAAGAUUCCUAGGGAGACCAAUAAGUUGCCUUGCCUUUACUUUAUGCAACUUGGACUGCAACCUUUUUUUUGUAUCUAUAUUUAGAUAAAAGCAGACAGCCAUGAGUUUCCUUCACUUAAUUCUGUCACUCAGAUGAUUUCUUUUGUAGGAUAUAAAGAAAGUAAUUUAAUAAA